GUUUAGCAGUUAUCAGUGCCAUAGUUGAAUUUAGAAGCAUGCCAGUUUCUAAUCUUAAUUAAAACGCCCUCCUGAUUGGACAGUGAUAAUCCCGCUGGGCCUCGCGCUCUUACUCACUAGCAAGUAGGACUGCGCGCGAGUCUCAAUCUGCCCAGGGCGAGGGCAAGACGCACUGCAAGAACGCGCGCAAGUUCAGACGAGGCGUCUAAAGUGCACGCAACAUCACUGUUUGCGCGGAAGAGCCUUAUACGAGUGCUCGACGUGAUAGGGGAAGAAAGAUCUCUAUCAAAAAAGUGACUUCAUUUCAGCAGCCCUUUGGAAAACACCGGCGAAAGAAAAGAAAGAAGACUGCGCGAGGAAGCUUUCAAGAACGCGCGCGAAAGUUUCCUACCCGGUCCGUUUUUGUUUUAGUUUUAUUUCCUUUCACCAAAAUGAAUAUCGGCGACGAAAACUUGCUGAAAUCGAUCAGCAACGACACCCUGCUGGACCUGACGCAGCGCUACGGACAGUCCGCCUUCGGCUUCGGCGCUGGCCAUGGUGCUGGAGGUCCCGGCCGCUUCUCCCUCACACCUGCCGCGGAUUUCCUCUCCGGUCAAACGGGAAAGUCGAACGAAAGCGGCGGAGAGCAGACCAGCGAUGAAGACGACGGCUUUGACCACCUCGAGUCUCGUAAGAGAGGCGCGGGGUUCGACGAAGAGAAGCAUCCGAGCGCGCUCUCCAAGAAGCCGAAGGAGCAGAGAUCUCUUCGGCUGAGCAUCAAUGCGCGCGAGCGGAGACGCAUGCACGACCUCAAUGACGCGCUGGACGGCCUGAGGUCUGUGAUUCCCUACGCGCACAGUCCGUCAGUGAGAAAACUCUCUAAAAUCGCAACUUUGCUUCUUGCAAAAAACUACAUCCUAAUGCAGGCGCAGGCGCUGGAGGAAAUGCGCCGGUUGGUGGCUUAUUUAAACCAAGGACAGACUAUAACUUCGCCGAUUCCCACUGCGCUCGCGCCUUUCGGACAGGCGGCCGUGUAUCCGUUUUCCAGCACGGCACUGGCCACCUGCGCGGAGAAAUGCAGCUCGUUCUCCGGGACCCCGUCCAACCUGUUCAAACACUGCAACGACAAGCAUUGACUUCCACGAGCUGAACUCUUCCUGCUUCAUCCUUUUGUUGGUCUGAAUUCGCAUUGUUUUGUUGGGAAUGGGCUUAGGUCUGAUUCAAAAACCCUGCUACGUGUCUAAAUAACUACGAUGGUUUAUUAGUUAAUAUAACACAUAAUGGUAAAUAAAUAACUGAGGGACACAGUAUUACUGGAAUAAGCUUUUAAACCCCUCAAAUUUUAAAGCAUUUCCCCUUUUAUCCUAAAUAAAGGAUUAAAAAUGAUUAUUUGUGUGAAAACAAACAAGCAUAAAAGAAAUUCUAUGUUUCUGGUUCACAGCUUGCGGAGGAUUAUUUCUUAAGUCAAACCUUCUCUCUAUCGGUUUCAGCGUUAUUGGUGAUCUAUGCAAUUUACUGCAAAUGACCACAGAUGAUAAUUUCUUAAAAACCUGUUUGCCAGAAAUGAAUAAACGUAAGAUGGAUUGUCUCUCCUCCGUCAGUGUAUUCGGAAGAAAUGGUGUAACAUUCUCAAAUGUUUGGCCUACAAAGAUUUUGUUUUUGUUAUUGCACAAUUCACUUGAUUGUAUUGUACAACUGUGAAGAAUAUACUUGAUCAAGCCGCAUUUGAUCAUGUUGCGACAUGAAUUUCAUACUGUAUAUUGUUUAUAUGUCUUUAUAAUUAAAACAUAUAUCUAUGACCA